AUGACCAUUCCCCGCGAAGACGGCCGCUCCGCCGAGCAGAUGCGACCCAUAUUCGUCAAGACGGGUGUCAUCAGCCAGGCUGCGGGCAGCGCCUACGUCGAGCUCGACAAGACCAAGGUGAUGUGCGGCGUGUACGGCCCGAGGCAGGGCGGACCGGGAAUCGACAAGGUGGAGUUUGAUCGCGGGCGACUCGACGUCGACGUGAAGCUCGCCACCUUCGCCACGUCGGGGCCGCGGGGCAAGGUGGCGCAGGGCGACGCCGAGCGCGAGUUCUCCUCCAUCGUUCACAGGGCGCUAUCCGGCGCGGUCAUGACGGAGACGUUCCCGAAGACCACGGUGGACGUCUUCGCCACGGUGCUCGAAGCGAACGGAUCGGAGCUCUGCGCGACAAUCGCCGCGGCUUCCGCGGCGCUGUGCGAGGCUGGAGUCGCCAUGCGCGACCUCGUCUCCGCGUGCACCGGUGGCGGCGCCGACGGACCAAACGCGCUGCUCCUCGACCCGGCGCGAGGGGAGGAGGCGGCGGCGGAGGCUGGCGUGACCCUCGCGUACAUGUGCCGGUUGGGCGAGGCGUCGCAGGUGGUGGCGACGGGGACGUGGGACGGGGAGUCGCUGGACGACGCGGUGCAGCUGGCGGCGAGUGGAUGCGCGCGAGUCGACGCGGCGCUGAGGGAGGCGCUGCGGAGCUCCGUCCCGGCGUGA